AUGACUAUCACUCUUCCCAGCGAAUACGGCUACGUCCUGCUGGCAGCGACGUCCACCUUCUUCAUCAACACCUACCAUUCCGUCCUGACCUCGAUCGCCCGUAGGGCCAGUGGCCAGAAGUAUCCCAUCGCGUAUGCCAGCAACGAGGUCGCUGACAAGGACCCCAAGGCCUAUGCCUUCAACUGCACCCAACGGGCCCACGCAAACUUCACCGAGAAUCUCACCCCUUACCUCGGUGCUCUGCUGAUCGCCGGCCUGCGCUACCCCGUCCUUGCCGGCGGUCUCGGCGCCGUCUGGACCCUUGCCAGGGCCCUCUACGCCCACGGGUACUCCAAGUCCGGCCCCAAGGGUCGCGAAAUUGGAUCUAUCGUGGCGUCUCUGGUCGACCUUGGCCUCAAGGGCAUGGCGGUCUAUGCGUCUUACCAGUUUGUCCAGGAACUGAACUGA